UUCAAGAGUGACUUCGGUUUGUCGCUGUUUCUUGGACAUUCUUUACGUUAUUCAGAUGAUCGUGAGGACUGCUUCUGCUAUGCUAAGUAAGCCCAUGUGAUUGAUUACUGCAGACGUAAAGAGUAGUUGAGCGUCCUUACUGUGUUGUCUUUACCUGGGUAGUAGUGAUUUGUCGUCAAGCUGGAAUCCUUUGGAAAACUCUUCAUGGAUGGUAUUAGCGCGCGGAUUGUGUUAAAAUACACGUGACGUUUCCCCAAGCCGUCUAAUUGCUUUGGACGUACUGUUGAUAAUUAUUUGUUGUGGUCAUUUAGUACUAGUGGUGUUAUUCUUGUGUUAAAUGAUGGUAUCAGCGUUAGCGAACUGUAUCGGUGGAAAACGAAGCAAAAUUAUUGCAUUGUUAAAUUUGCGCGCCCUAAUAAUAGACUGACAGGCGUGAAUUACGCUGUGUAAUGUCGGGCUAUUAGUGGGUAGCGUGUAUAAAGCGUGUAUAAACAACAGUCUACUAUCGUCGUGUCUGAGUGUACUCUGGAUUUUUUUCUGGCUUCGUUCAGGUGUUUAAUGUUGUUCGAUACCGUAAUUGCUUGUUUACUCGAGUUCACGCCUAACGGAUAUGUGGUGUAAUUGUGACGUUGGACUUCACUGCCAAAUAGCCCAUACGUUUCGAAUGUGAAGCGCCGGGUAGCGUGGACAUUACAGAGACCGCUGCACAUGUCUGAUCAGCCAGUAUAUUUGCGACUCUCAGAGCUUGCUUUCCUUGCAUCAUAAACGCCUGAACGCGAAGAUAGAUGCGUAACUGAAUGCAAAAAGAUAGCACGUAGCAACAAAACGGCUUCAAAUGCUAAUACAUCAGUUCUUUCAAUGGCUACUCGACUUGCGUUGCCACGAUGUUGGACAUCCCUAAGGAGUCCGUGCUGCUGGCGGUGAACUCACCUUUGGCCUAAUGCGGCGUUUCCACCCAGCGAGAGGCCAACGCAACAGGCCAACCCUCACCAUCUAGUGGCUGUUGAAUUUGCGGCAACAGCAACGUGAUCAGGCCUCACCCACUUGAUUCCAGCAUCUGUAAAAGGCAGGUGUCGACAACGGUCAAUUCGCGUGCUCGAGCGACUGGAGAACUAAGCGGCGCUGAGGUUUAUCAGUACCUAAUCACGAACGACAUGGCUUCAGCAGGCCUAGCAACACUGGUGUUAUCUUCAUCGUCUGAAGGCGCAUGCAGUUCGUCAUCGACGAUUUUACAACGCAAGGUCGAGAGUCAGCCUGACUCGAACGCCGACGCUAAUUAUAAUGACAACAUCUAUAGAAGUAGUAAAAGACGAGACGCAACUACGUGUAACAGCAGAAAUCGAAGCGUGACAUUGUAUUGUUCUCUGGCGCACGUGCUCUGCGGAAUUCUACUGCUUAUCGCUAAAAUGCAUUAUCUCAACGCGUCUGCCGUUUCGGGUAAGUAUGAGGACAUCUAUACUACAGGACCCGCUACAGGACCCAUUACUGUUGAUUACAAGGUAGAUUGCAGUGAACAGCAGAUUCGGAUACGAGUGAACCUCGAUGGACACAACUUCACAGAUGUCUACCUCGAAAAUCUUAAGGGCUAUCCAGGUUGUGUGCCCAACUACACGAACAAUCGGCAGGCGGCAGUUUUCGACGUCCCGAUCCGUGGUGACUUCAGAUGCGGAGUCGGAAAGAUGACCAACAAAAUAACUGGCUUAAAGACAUACUUUCAUCGCAUCGUGCUUGAAGAAGAGCAGCAUCAGCUAAACAGUAGCGAUGAAGAUGCCGUAACUGUAGGCAGUAAAUCGCGGCAAACUAUCUUCUUUAAAUGCCAGCUUGCCGACCGGAGGCGGUUAUUUCUCAAUAGGGCCAAAAGGGCUGCCAGUUCGCAGUUCCCCUUUGAGCUUGUUGAGCCUGAUCAUCUGAACAUCACAGAGUACAUCGAAGCCCAUGCGCCUGUACCUUACCUCGAGAUAGGUAUCCGCCAGAAUGGCCGGUUGCUAGACACAACGUUCAACGUGCAACCAGGCACGCCACUAGAAAUGGUUAUCUAUCUUGAUCAGAAAAGCAAAUCAACUUACGGGAUUUUGAGCACUUUCCUGAAGGUGUCCGACAGUGCAGGAAAACAAGAAGAAGUAAUCAUUAUGAAUGGAUGUUCGAUUGAUCCAUACAUCUUUUCGAAUUUCGAAACGCCUGACGGGGGAGAUACACUUAGCGCAUCUUUUAAAGCAUUUAAAUUCCCCGAGUCGAAUUACGUGAUGUUCUCCGGGACGGUGUCCAUAUGUAUAAAUAGAUGUAAAGGGAUUCCAUGUGGCAAUGGUCAGUUGGGUUAUGGGCGGCGCAAACGCGAAAUCCCCGCGACGCUGCCCAAGGACCCAAAUGCCCUUUACAGUGUAGAACUGUCAACGAUGCUCAAGGUACGCUUCGAUGACGAUUUCUUCAAACUAAACAAAGCCUCAUUAUCAAGCGAAUUUAACAAAGGUGCUGCACCGGUCUCGUCCCGUUUCAUUGAGGCCAAAACGCAAGAGGUAUUCGAACAACGAAUAUUCGCCUCAGAUGCUUCGACCAGCCAUUUGCGAUUAGCGGCUGGACCUACAACGUUGCUACUGUAUGUGAUUGUCGUGACUAGCGUCACCCUCGCUUUCUAGACGCAACAUCACAGCGUGCCAUAGGCUGUCAGUAAGCGAUACACAUCUCUCGGACCUGGUCUGGGUAAAUAGCGACAGUGGUGCGAGAGAGCAGAGAUGCGAAAAGUGUUGACUCGGUACGAGCAGCUUGUUCUUUCCGCUGUUCUUAGACACUUUGACAUCCGUGACGCGUGAUUUCGAUAGUUCCCACGCUACAGGUACGGCACACGCCACUGUAUUAUACCCAAAGAAAACCUCAUGCACAAAAAUACGUUUACGAAGUGCUAAUCAGUAAAGGUACGAAAUGUACCGUUUAGUGUAAUCAGAGUUUGGAUUCGGGAAGAGAAAAAAAAGCGUAGAUUAGAAAGAAAGGAUCUAAAAGAAUUGAUAUAUAUAUAUAUAUAUAUAUAUAUAUAUAUAUAUAUAUAUAUAUAUAUAAUGCCCAAAUGUACAGGCACACUCAACUUGCAACAUACAAUACAGGACACAUAAACAUACUUACAUUAUAGAAGUAUUUGAUGACGAGCUUCAAUGGCUGUAUGUAGAUUCGCCAAUGCGUGAUAAUACUGCCAAGAUAGGAAGUGCUAUGGAUGGUGUAUGUGAUCAGGCGUAAUAGCCAGAGCUCCGUUAUGAAUGAAAACACGAGCACACGCCAUGUGUACCUAGGCUUAUGCAAAACUUGUUUCCAAAGCUUUAUUCUGAACCUCUAUAAUUUCAUAGUCUUCAUACGAAAUGAUGGAAAUUCCUGGGCUUUGACUAACCCACCCAUUAAAGUUUCACGAGCACUGCCCGCAUGAAUAACUUCGUUGUACACACUCACUUAGAUGUACCCAUAGGGCAUGAGUAACCACGAAAGGAGUAUAACCCAGAACAACGGCAAGCGUAAGGCAUGCGCUAGUCGAAUGAAAAGCAGAAAACCGACGCGCAUGCCAACGUUUUCUGCUUAGUAGACUUUACCUCUCGCUAUUCCGCCAUCCGAUGCAGCAAUACUGUUCCUGUUUGUCCGUCCCCAUUUCUACGGCCAGUAGCAUUAUGACCCCAGUGCCGAAUUCUUAUCUCUAUUUUUUCUAUUUUUAUAUAUAUAUAUCUAUAUCUAUCGUUCUAAAACUAUCCAAGUCCACUUUACUUUCCAUUCUGUGCCAAACAACAGAUCCCAUCGGCGAAACAAGAACACAGUAGAAUACACUUACAUCCAAUCCAAUAUACACUCAUACGAUUAUACAGUGAUACUAAGAAUAGACUAUAGACGGAGAGCAACGAGCAUAUGUAUUACUAAUAAAGGCAUCAAACACAGACACGCUCACUCACCAUGCACUCAUAUACAAACAUGACAACAAAGUGGCGUCUGGGCAAAUUCGCUUUUAUACACUAUUGAAAAUUGGAAACAAGCAAAGGACGGCUAGAAAACAAGUGAACUAAGUUCAAACGCAAGUAGGCCCGAAGGAGUCCAAUCGGACAAAGGCGAGAGGCACAGCCUAGAGCGGAAAAUGAGCGUACUCGAGCGAGAAUAGGAUCGAUGGUAACUUUCUUGUUAACCUUGGAGGAAGCAAUUAUUGAGAUCCACGUGUGGACCAUGGUGCGCAUGCAGGAAGUGAACAUUGGACCGACACCGAGUAGUUAGCUAAGUAAAGUAAAUUAAGCUACUGCCCUAUAGUCGACGUGAGUACGUUGCUUCGCAGUAGCGCUAGUUGAAGCGCCCAAAAGACCGAAAAAAAAGACUUAGCCAAUGCUAGUUCUUCGGCAUGUCAACACAUCGUGCGACAGGACAAACACGCGGACUAAGUACGGUUCAAACAAAGUGUUGAUAUUUUCGAUCGACGUGAGAAAUAACAGCCAGUGACGAUGUACAGGAAAAGAAAGACAUUUUUCAAAAGAAAGAGUAGCGUAUUGUGUAGUUAGAUAUACUUAGCCAGCUCCCAUUUUAAUGAUAUGGCAAAGAUCUAGGCAAAGUGGGGUUAAAGUAAUUAUAGUCGAAUAUUUGCCUGAUGACUAGCAGAGGGAUGAAACAAUGAGUUAGGAAGUUAUGGCACAACAGUUUGCCGAAGGUGACACACUCAGUGUGUUCUGGAGACAAGCAGACAUCUUUAUAAGUGUACGUAUAUCUAUCUCUCAUGCAGAUUAAAGGCAUGGCGCACAUUGAGACAGAUAAGGCGAACGAACUAGCCAGAGGAUUAGCACUCAUGCCAGAAGGGAAUGAUUGCCAGCAAAAGUAACUCCAACUAGAAUAGAAAAAACAAACUACAAAGGCCGUCGAGUAUCGGGAUAGAAUAAAUGGGUGAACGCCGGAAGGAAGGGUGGUGGUAAGGGAUGGGGAGGCUAACCUUGUAAGUACACGGUGUAAUAGCCAGAUGUAGCAUAAAGUUAAAAUGUGAAAAAUAAAGUAUACUAUUA